AUGCCCCAGCAGGCUCCCUGUCACAUUGUUCGGCGCUUGCAGUUGGAAAACCAGGCACUCAAGAACGAUAACCGUACUCUGGGCAAGAAGAACAAGACUUUGUUGUCUAAUCAAUGCCGGUGUUCAAGCACUCAAGUUCCAGAUGAGCUGAAAAUUUUCGAUGUAGAGCUCUCAACCUUUUCCUGCAAGUAUGGAAUUGUUGUGGAGAUGUUCCCACCUGAGCAUCAUAUCCUCAAACUCCCUGUGUCGAACCCUCCACCUGCAAUCAUAUCCGGGAGUUGCUAUGCCAGCAAAAGUGCCGAAGAGCUCGGUCUCGUGACUGAACUAUACUCACUUCUUCCAGACCAUCUCCAUCGGUUUGUACCGACUUCGCAUUUUCAAUUGUUGCUAGAACAACAACUUCAAGGUGGUCGCUCGAGCGAAAUCAGCAAGUUAAGGGUGAUGGCAGGUCAAAUUUUCAGUCUUGAUCUGUCGUACUUUGACAUUGGUUUUACAAAUCGAGACACAAUCCCUGAAAUCCAGAAGAUGCUCUGUACGACUGGUCCAGGUGGUCGUUUAACAUCGUUGAAGUUCCCACCCGUCCUUUUUACGAGGCAGGAAAGGGACCCUACGAUGUCCACGGUUUUUGGAAAUUGGGAGCCACUCGCAAAGGCAAUCAGGAUCAUAAUGUUUGGAAAAAAUUCGCUAGAUAUUGCUGGAUGGCCUCAUGCCAAGUGCAACACUCGAAAAUGGGGCAUCACCUCAUGCACCCCUGGUCUUCUUGCCUGGGGUUGGGUCGCAUUAAUCUUCAUUCUGUCCUCCGACACUUCGUUCACCAAAGACAGAGUUGGCGCAAAGUCUCGUCUACUGUAUGCGGCAAUGUUCACAGCCUACAAACAGUUGUGGUCAACAUCAUCUUCCAAUAUCGCGACUUCAGAUGCUGAAGGCGAGGAUUUGACAUCCAAUCUAAUGCGCUUGGCCCUCGCCAAUGCAGGGCGUGAAGAUCCAGAAUCAGACUCUCCAACUACUGAUGAUCACUAUGUUUCUCCAGUUCCCCCCAGUUUGCCGACACUCGCUCUGGCUGCACCACCUGCCUUUCCCCUCACUGCACUAGCACCAGCCAUCACCCCUGCUGUCGAGACUACUGUGACUGCCACUGUAACCCCUGCUGCUCCAGUUGUGCUCACAGCUGAUGAAACCCCUCCAGUUCCUGAUGUACCUGACAGUGUGGAAAUGCUGCCACCAACAGCUUCAUCCUCUGGUCGACGGGGCUGUGGAAGAGGAAAGAGGGGUGGGCUAGUGGCUAUAUCAUUGUCAGCAGAGCAGUGA